AUUGCGUCACCGAGAUUCUCACCGGACCUCUGCUUAUUAAAUCUUCGUCUGUAAAUCCAUUUAAAGGUUAUUAUUUUGUUUCUGAGUUACUUCGUCUCGCCCUCUUGUUAAGAUGCUGCAAAAAUGAAUUAAAGAAUCGUUUUACACUUUUGUUGGUGUUGUGGUUGCCUUCGUUAUUGCAUCGUAGGAACGAGAGAUUUUGUGAAUUAGGUUUUAGGGUUUCGGAAUUCAGGGUUUUAACCAUUUAGGGUUUAUCAGAAUUGUUAAUUUCUAUAAUCGUUUCUCUGAAAUUGGAUGAAAUCAUUAAUCGUAUCAAUAUUGAAAAAUUUGGGAAUUCAAUAAUCACUCUAUAGAAUAGAAGCUGAAACGAUGGUGAAAGGUUUAGUAUGAUGUUGGUACAUACAUACAACGAAAACAUGGAGUGGCUUAUGGUACUAAUUAGAGUCUUUGAAAUUGAGCUUAAGCAAACAAAGUAUCCAUAGCUUCACUUUUUUUCUGGCUUCGUUGUGGUUUGAUUUGUGCAUGAAGAUGUAGGUUAACAUGGAGAUGUACAGGAUUAGGAAGAUUGACUAUACCACUUAUCAAAUCUUUUCCUUUUUCCCCUUCAACCAAUAAUGCUUUAUUUGAUUCUGAGCCUAUUUGUUUGUUGGAAUCUGUUAGACUAGAGAUGGAUUUGGAUCCAAAGAAGUUUGCUGCACUAUUGGACAAAAUUGAAGCUGAAGCUGAUGAGUUUCUAUUAGCUCGAAAUCAGGUACUCGGGAAUCUGCUUUGGUAGUAUCUAGUUGGAAAUAUUCACUACUUCGUAAUUUAUAUGUGAUUGACAGAUUGAGGAAAGCACAAGAUUUUUCAAUCUAUUGUUGUCUGCAACUUAUUUUGUCUUGUGAGAAAACAGAUAUUAUAUGAUAUGUAUUGUUGUUAGGUCAAUAAGUUUUUUUAACCAAAAUGGAGCUUGUAAUAUGUGUAAUAGAUGGUGGAGAAUGACAAGGAGAGGAAUGCAAACCGAGAGGCUCUUACAGCACUAAGGAAGAGAGCUCGGACAACAAAGACUAGUGUUAUGUCUCCAUUUGAUUCUAUGAUGAAGGAUAUCCAUGGGAGCUCAACGAAACCUUUGGUCCAAGAAGUUUGCUCCACAUGUGGAUCCCAUGACUCUAGUGAACCCACCUGGAUGAUGCUCCCAGGAGCUGAUCUUUUUGCUGCAAUUCCGUUUCAUGCUGUGCAUACAAUGCUAGAGAAAGAUGAAGAGAAAAUGGAGUUUGAAUCGAAGAAGUUACAGAGCUUAGUGAAGGAAAAAGCUCUGUUUAUAUCGGAACUAGGGGCUCUUGCUGAUGGUAUUUCUCCUGGCGUUAUCAGAUCGUUGGUGGCUUUAGAGGACAAACCUUAAGUUAAGUAGAAGAAGUAGAACAAUGUUAGUUUGUCACAAAAAGGAUAUGUUCAUUGAUUCUCUUGUAUGAUGGGAAAAGUCAUUAUCCUUAAUAUUAAUUAAAAUCACAAAACUUUCCUUGUGUCUUUUGAUGAUUGCUUUCCACUGAUUAAUAUUUUUACCAAAAGUCUUG